AUGGCCAUUUCAACAAAGCUGGAGAUGCGGCAAAGCCAGUCGCUGGUGAUGACGCCGCAGCUGAUGCAGGCGAUCAAGCUUCUGCAGAUGUCCAAUCUCGAUCUUGUUUCCUAUGUUGAAUCCGAACUUGAACGCAAUCCGUUGCUCGAAAAAACCGACGGCGAGGCCAACGAGGGAAAUACGGGUGACACUUCCGUCACUUCGGACCGGAUCUCCGACAAUCCCGACGGUUCUUCUCCCGCUGGCGAAGAACCGGAUGCCGGGGACUGGAUGCAAAACGACCUGGAAACCGGGUCCGAGGCCAUUGCAUCGCGCAUGGAUACCGAUCUUGGCAAUGUAUUUCCGGACGAACCUGGCGUGCCUGCAUCUCCGGACCCUGCCCUCCUGAAAACCGGUGACAGCUACAAGAACGUCUCGAGCGGAGGCGCGUCGGAAGACUACAACCUGGAAGCCUUCGUUGCCGAGGAGGCUUCUCUGGUCACUUCGCUUGAAGAGCAGAUGCAUUUCGCGUUGAGCGACGAGGCGGACAGGUUGAUUGCCGGUCAUCUAAUCAAUUCUCUCGAUGAAAACGGGUAUCUUUAUCUGGAUCUGGAGGAAACGGCUGAACAGCUGGGUGUCGGGCCGGAUCGUGUUGAAUGGGUGCUGAACAUCCUUCAGACCUUUGAACCCGCCGGUGUCUUUGCACGCAGUCUUGCCGAAUGUCUGAAGCUGCAGUUGAUUGACAGGAACAGGUUUGAUCCGGCGAUGGAAGCUUUCAUCGACAAUAUCGAGCUGCUCGCAAAACGUGAGCUGUCCGCGCUCAAGAAGAUCUGCGGUGUCGACGACGAGGAUCUGACGGAGAUGAUCGCCGAGAUCCGGGCUCUGGAUCCCAAGCCGGGCAGCGUGUUCGGGUCAUCGCUCGUGCAGCCUGUGGUGCCGGACGUGUUUGUCCGCCCGGCCAACGACGGCACUUGGGCAGUGGAACUGAAUUCGGAUACCUUGCCCAAGGUUCUGGUAAACCAGACGUAUUUUGCCAAGGUCAUCAAGACAGCACGAAAUGAAACCGAGAAGGAAUAUCUGACAGAUUCCCUUCAAACCGCGAAUUGGCUUGCCAAAAGCCUCGAUCAGCGGGCCAAGACCAUUCUCAAGGUAUCAACCGAAAUCGUUCGCCAGCAGGAUGGGUUUCUGACUUACGGGAUUGCCCAUCUGCGCCCUUUGAAUCUGAAGACCAUUGCCGAAGCGAUCGGCAUGCAUGAAUCAACCGUCAGCCGUGUGACGUCCAACAAGUUCAUGGCAACGCCUCGCGGGAUUUUUGAACUCAAGUAUUUCUUCUCGUCUGCCAUUUCCGGCACCUCUGAAGGUGACACACAUUCGGCAGAAGCGGUUCGUCACCGCAUUCGGCAAAUGAUCGAUGCGGAGGACCCGAAGGCGAUUCUUUCCGAUGACACGAUCGUGAAAACUCUCAAGAAUGACGGGAUCGACAUUGCGCGAAGAACAGUCGCAAAAUAUCGCGAAGCGAUGAAAAUCGGCUCAUCGGUUCAGCGCCGCCGCGAAAAGAAUUCCAAUAUCUGA